AUGUUAAUUAAAACGUUAAGUAAUGAACAAAAAUUCAUCAUCAAGAAAAAAGAUCAUCUGUCAGUAGAAAAUGUGUCUCUCCUAAACUCUGAUCAAGGAAGAGUUCAAUUAAAAAUGUUAGAACAAACGUUUGACAUUUAUAAUGAGUUGUAGCAAUUCAUUUUGACUGCUAAUGAGGAUAAAAUUGAUACUUUCAUAGAUAGGCUGAAAGAAGUAAGUGACAUAUUUGCACAUACUAAAUCAAUUUUAUUAACGCACAUAUACAGAGCAGAAGAACAUAUUAAAGCCAAAACAUAUCCAUAUGAAAACAAUGUACAUAAAUUGAUAAAACUUCCACCCAUUAAUAUGCCUACAUUGGACGGCAAGUUUGAAAAAUGGUACUCAAACCGUGAUAAAUUUAUGCCAAUAGUUCAUAAUAAUAAAAUUAUUGAUUAUGUGCAUAGAAUGUAUUACUUGAAAACCAGCCUACAAGCAGUGGAAGUCAUAGCAACUCUAUCGUCAACUGCUUUUAACUUUAAAGACGCAUGGUAGCAUCCAGCUAGAUGGCUAACAUUUAUCUCAAAUAGAGUAGGACAGAUCCAAAACUUGAUGCCAUCAGCGGUUUUGAUGGUUAGGGUGAAACCCUUCACCAAGUUUACAAUUGCUAAGCCAUCAUUCUAAUCUGGUUAUUAAAAAUUGUGUCUAAUAUUAUUCGUUUUUUUAGGAACUGUAGACCUAGGGCUAGCCGGGCCAUCAUAGCUGUGCUGAGAGUGAAAGGCGUCAAGUAAUGAAGUAUUGAAUAUAUAUAGUGCAAGGAGCAGAGUUUAUCAUGGAUCUAACCUCCCUGAGACAACAGAAUGUAAAGACUAAUAGCCAAUUUCCUGGUUUGAACCCCUUUAUAGAUAAAAAGGGAAUAUUAAGAGUAGGUGGUCGUUUCAAACAUUCAGAUUUGACCUAUGAUAUGAAACAUCCAAUUAUUCAGCUGAAAAAUUACUCCACUAUAGUAAUCAUCAGCCAAGAAUACAUACAUAACAUGGAAAUUCAUACCACCUGCUUCGCUUUAUCAUGGAAGUUUGUGGGAAUCAAAUGUAAAGUCUGCCAAGGAAAAUCCUGAAAGUUACAGGAGACAUGUCCUUUACUGCAGAGGAGUUAAACACCUUAUUUUGUCAAAUUAAAGUGAUUUUAAACUCCAGACCACUUCAAGCUGUCUCCAUGGAUAUCACUGAUUAUUCAGCUUCAACUCCUAGACAUUUCCUUAUAGGAAGAUCACUUCUAGCCUUAUCUGAAUUAGAAUUAGCAAAUGUUCUUAUAAAUCCUUUGACCAGGAGGAACCUCAUACAGCAGCUUCAACCGGGAUUCUGGAAAUGGUGGACAUCCGAAUAUUUAUGUUCUUUACAGAACAUGUGGUGAUCUACUCAACCCAAUCUACAAGUGGGCGACCCUGUUGUAGUCAAGGACAUAAAGACUUCACCAACCUAAAUCACUCAUCUACUUCCAUGUAUAAGCGAUGGCCAAGUAAGAGUGGUUCAAAUACUGCUGUAGCUGAGCUAACAAGGUCCAUCAAAAAAUUAAUUAAGUUAAGUAAGAAGAUGACUUGCAGAACUAGAAAUGUUACAAUCUGUCCAAAGUAUAAUUUUAUCUAGUGCAUGUAAAAUGGCUGGUUGAAGUUCUUCAAAUAAUAUAACUGCAUCAUGGCGGUUGACCCAUCGAGUUGCACAUAGAUUUUUUAGUUUAGUUAAACCGAUUAGUCUAUGGAUAUACUUCUUUUAUUGACAAUUGCAAAAUAAUUUGUCUUUUUGGAUAACCGAAAGUGAUAACCGAUAACCAUAAAGCUACAUAUUAUAAUAUACACACUACACUGGACUGGACAUGUAUAUUAUUAAUUUUUAUUAUUUGUGUAAACUGCUAAAUGUAAUAACACUUUAUUCUUUUUUCAAAUUAUAAAUAUUUUUUUAAUUUCGAAGACAUUUCAGGGAGAGGGGAUGAUUGCAACUCCCUAACCUCCCUGUAUACGCCACUGAAUAUAUAGCAAUGGUUCUCAACCUUUUUUGUAUGACGACACCCUAAUUUAGAUCCAUACAAAUUACACAUUUAAAAUAAUAAAAUCAAUGAAAUGUACAUACAUACCUACGCAAUGCCAAUUUUCUUGUUUUUCUUAUCUUUGGGUUUUAACAUACUGUAAUAAUUAUGCCAUACAUUUAUUCUAUGAAAACCUAUAGUAUAAACAGUAAAAUAUAAACAACAUUUUUGGUGACGCAUAUCACAGGAAUACAGGACAGAGAACCACUGUUAUAUUGGUUUAUUUAUUUAUUUUUUUAAACUGUAGUCUUAGAUAAAUCAUGUCCAAUAAAAUGUAAAUACCUAGUAAUUAAGCAUUUACAAUAUGUUCUAAUGAAUUUUUAAAAUUAAAUUUGCUUUUGAUUAGUCAUUAUUGAGAUAUGAGUGAAAUAAUUAAAUAUAGUUUAAUUGAAUUUUUAAUGUUGUUACAGGAGAAGAGUGUUUCUUGGCUUAAAACACAUUUCAAAUGAAACUAGGGGAUUGAAAUUUUGUUUAUGUAUAGUGUUAGCUAACAUCAACAAUAUGUUUUAUUAAUAUAUGUAUAAAAUAUAUUAAUUAAUUAUAUUAUAAUAAUAAUAUUUUCCCAUUAUAAUUCUUACAAUAUUUAUUUGAUUGCAAAUUAUAUAAAUUAAAUUUAUGAAAUUCCAGUGGCCCCAGCUUGACAUAUAACAACUUUAAUAUUAUAAUUUCCACAAAUUUUUAAUAAACUUAAUCGGCUAAUUAUAAUAAAAAUGAACAGGUAUAGGUGUAAACCUAUAAUAGUAAACCAAUAAUAGCUGUAUCGUGUAUAGGCAUGGGCAUAAUGAGGAUACAAUAGUAAAAAAUCUACUGGCUGAUAAUAAAUCAAGCAGUUUCAUACAGUCUACAUUACACAGAAUUGUUAUUGAAGAUGUAAUAAUUACCCAAAAGCUACUGGGCUCAGCAGUAAUUAAAUUUGUUGUUCAAGAUACACAGUCAGUUAAUAUUGUUGACAAGCCAGUAUUUUUGAAUUUAAUUAGGUUGGGACUACAAAAAACAUUAACUGUUAUGUGUUCAAAAAUAUUAAAAACACAAUUAAACUCUGAAGCUAAUGCAAUGGUAUAUAAUAUUACUAAAACACUGUCAAAUAUUGAAUAUAUAUUAGAAACUGCAGAUUGUUGGACCCAAGGUAAAAAAUCUAACCUUGGCAUAACAGCCCAUUGGAUUAAUAUAACAACAUUAGUUAGAGAAUGAACAUCAUUAGCUUGCACAGUGAUAAAAGGUAGGAAUACUUUUGAUGUAACAGCCAAAGAAACAACAACUGAUUAUAGUAGCAAUUUUGUAAAAGCAUUUAGGGUUAUUGGAAUUGAUAAAAAUGAUGAGGAAAACUUAUUCGAUGAAGAUUAG